AUGGCAUCGACGACUCUCGCCAUCGCAACCACAAUCCGUUCCUCUGCUUUCACCACUUCCGCUUCCGCCCAUGGCUUCCCUUCUCGACCCAACGCAAUCGAAUUCCCAUUCCGCCUUGGCGCUUCUUCUUCCUCCACCCUCAGCCACCGCGCAAUCAACAUCCGUCCCAUUGCCGCCGUCGAAGCUCCUGAGAAAAUCGAGAAGAUUGGAUCCGAGAUCUCAUCCCUCACCCUCGAAGAAGCCCGCAUCCUCGUCGACUACCUCCAGGACAAAUUCGGCGUCUCGCCACUCUCUUUAGCCCCAGCCGCGGCGGCUGUCGCUGCUCCGGGUGACGGUGCUGCGGCGGCUGUAGUGGAAGAGCAGACCGAAUUCGACGUGAUUAUCAACGAAGUACCCAGCAGUUCUCGUAUCUCAGUGAUCAAAGCGGUUAGAGCUUUGACUAGCUUGGCCUUGAAGGAGGCGAAGGAGCUCAUCGAAGGAUUGCCGAAGAAGUUCAAGGAAGGCGCGACGAAGGAUGAAGCUGAGGAAGCCAAGAAGGUUCUCGAAGAAGCUGGUGCUAAGGUUUCAAUUGCUUAA